AUGAAAGAAAAGAAGAAGAAAGGAAAUAGCAGCAGUAAAACAAAUCAAAUUUCUUCAGAUCUUUCAAACUUUAAAAUUAAAAGUAAUUGUUCUGAACAUAAACAGAUCAAAUCUAGAACAGAUACUAAUGAAACACCAGUAAAAUUUGAUAGUAAUAUUGAAUUUCCAACUCUGCCUUCCAUUUCCAAUAAAACUGAUUCUGUAGAUGAAAAUAAACCUUUGUCAUACAAUUCGUCUUAUUCUUCGGUCUUAAAAUUUGAAUCUAAGACAGUAUUAAAAUUAGAUAAAACUAGUAAUAAUAAAUUUCCUAAUAAAAGUAUUCAUGUAUCAGACAAUUGUAAAAAUAUUGAAAAAUCUGAUGAAAUUUUGCAUAAUGCAGAUAAAAAACAUGAAAAAAUGAAAAAUAGGAAUUUUUCAAGAACUAAAAAUGUAUCAAAAAAUAAGGAACAUUUUCAACAGGGUAAAAAUCAAAUUGAUUUCCAUCAGAGAGACAACAUUCAGAUAUCAGAACCUAAUAAAGUUUUACAAAAGAAUAGUCCAUCCAAAGAUCUGUCAAAAAAAUCUAAUACACCCAAAGAAGAAAAAGAAGUAUUACAAGUGAAUGCUCAGUCUGUAGAAAAUAAAGGAAAAGAAACAUUAGAAAAACCUGAGAAAACUAAGAAGAAAAGAAGAAAUAAGAAAAAGAAGAAAACUGAUGGUGGAAAAGUUUCACUUUUAAGUCCAGAAAUGUUUGCUGCUAUCACAAAGCAGUUUGUUAAAUCAUCCGAGUACAAAUACAACAAUUUUAAUUUAUCCGACUCAGAAGAGUUUCCAGAUCUUGGUUCAACUUCUUCAAAAAAUAAUGAAUUAUCAAAUACGCACAAUGAUACAAAAGAUAAAAGUUUGUCAUCUAAAUCAGUAAUUAAAAAUCAGGCUAUUACUCCUGAAAUUGUUCCCGAUUCUACUCAUAUCAGUUCAGUAGAUUCUUGGAAAUAUUCAACAUUCAGCAGUAUUUUAAAGAUGAAUAAUCCGCCAGCUAACAGUGUGAAUAAGGAAGAAAUCCACAAAGAAAAAUUAGAAGAUAAUUCAAUUAUACAAAAGGAAGAGCCAUCAUCAAGUAAAAGUAAAAAAGCUUCAAAGAAGAAGAAAAAGAAUAAGGAAAAUGCAAAUAGUACAAAAUCUGUUAAACAGGAAAAAGUUAAUCCUUCUAUUGAACUUUCCNCAACUGCUCACAUAAAANUUAUCAAAACACCAAAUUUAGAUAUUGGAGAUCAGCAAUAUAAAUGUGACUUGAAUUGGACAGUAAAAAAAUUAAAAAGUUAUCUUUCUAAUGUAUAUCCAACAAAGCCAACUGUUGAAAGUCAAAGAUUAAUAUAUUUUGGACAGGUGUUAUCAGAUAAUGUAACAUUAAAGGAUGUUUUCAUAAACAAAUGGAAAGUUCAGACAAUACAUAUGAUGUGUCCUCCAAAAAAAAUUCCUUCCAAAGAAACUUCAGUUUUAAAAACUCCUGUUUGUAAAACAGAAAAUGUGAAUUCAAAUAAUUCAAAUGUGAUAUUUCAAAAUAUGCAAGAACAAAUAAGAAACACAUCAACAAAUGCUACUUACAUUCAAGGAUAUCCAGUUAAUAUGAGUUAUGACAGUAAUCAAAUUGCUCUGAUGCAACAAGCUUAUACUCAAUACAUGAUGCAAUAUUUUCAAUACAUGUACUCUAAUACAUUCAAUGCAGAUAAUUCCAGUCAUGUAGAAUCAUCAUCAUCAUUGUCAUCAUCACAAUCGCAAUCAUUUGAAGCCAACACAUCUGAUGAACAGCCUGAAGAAAAUAUAGGUGAUGAUGCUCCAAAUAGAGUGAAUGAAGCAAAUGAAGAUCCCCUUGCAAACAGAGAUAUAAUAGAUGUAACUUACAUCCUUAUUCGUGCAGCCAUUCUUCUAUCAGUUUUGUAUUUUUACUCAUCAUUUAGAAGAUGUCUUUUUGUCAUUGGUAUAAGUUUCUUCAUAUACAUUUACAGAGGAGGCUUCUUUACGUUUAGACGAGGAAGAAAUCGAAAUGAUAGAAGACAACAAAUUCAGCCUAGACGAAAUACAAUUCGUAAUAGACGAAACAGAGCAAGAACAACAAAUGAGGCAAAUUAUAAUCAACAAGGUGCCCAAAAUACACAAGUGACUACUGUCAAGACUUUUAUAGCAUCAUUUUUCACUUCUUUAAUUCCAGAACAACUCAAUGCAGUGAAUAUUAAUUAAAAAUAUUUUUAAUAUAUAUCUAUUUAUCUGGUUUGUAAGAAAAGUUUAAUAUCUUAAACAAAUAUUUAUUGAAAAUCUUGAAA